UUAUCGGGGCGCCGAGUUUCAACUUUCAACUUUCAGAAUAUUCUAGGGUUUAUAGAAAGCUCCGAGAAUGCUGUUAAUACUUGGAAAAUGGCGGGGAAGAGCACGCUAGAGCUAGGAAUUGAGGGUCAGAGGCAUCUCGAAGAGACCAUAAACGCCGCCUUCCAAAUUCUAUCCUCCAUGAACGAUGAGCUCUGCAAUCCCAUCCUCUGGGCAACGCCGUCCGCCACCAAUGGCGGAUCUGUCACCUCUACCCAGCUACCGGCUGGCGGCGGCGAGACCUCUUCGGAGAUCACCUCUCAUCCGACGGACGCCGGUUUAAGUGUUGGUGGACCAGGAGGAUUUGGUGGGGCGGGAGGCGGGGCUCUUGACGAGGCCCGACUUCGGUAUAAAUCUGCGGUGGCUUCUCUUCGUGCUGUCCUUGCUGCCGUCCCUUCUUCCCAGGAGAUUGGUGCCUUGGAAGCGAAAGUUGAUCAUGCAGAGAUUGAGAGAUUAGAAGAGCGUGCUGCAGUUUUAAGGAAGGAACUUGCAGAUAAGAACAAACAACUGAAGCUUCUGAUCGAUCAAUUUAGGAACUUAAUUGCUGAUAUUUCAAUGUGGCAUGGUCCUUUGUCUGUAUGAGAUGUGAUGAUUUAUGGAGAAAAUAUUGCAUUAAAACACUACACGUAGAGUUAGGUACGGAGUCCAAUGAAUUCACGCCACGUGGCGGUGACAGAAAAAAAAAUAAUCUGUUUGGUAACAUAAGAAAAUAUUCCU